CCAGAGGUGACUUCUCCCCAUUCCAUGACUGGCGUUGACAUCGUCCAUAAGAAAUACAAGUUGACUGGAAGGGGCAUCAAGAUCGGCAUCAUUGAUACUGGUAUCGACUACAAGCACCCUUCCUUCGCUGCCCCUGGUGCUAAGGAAGGAUGCUUUGCACGCUAUGGCAAGGAUUGCCGUAUUAAGUACGGUUGGGACUUUGUCGGUGAUGACUAUACUGGUCGGAAUGAACCUAAACCUAGCUCGGAUCCUCGUGAUUGUCAAGGACAUGGUUCUCAUGUUGCUGGUAUCAUUGGUAGUAGUCCCUUGACAUCAAAGACCGUGCCUAAACCUCCUCAACCUUUCGUCGGUGUCGCUCCGGAAGCUACCCUCGGUGCCUACCGUGUCUUUGGUUGCGAUGGCUCAUCUGGAGAUGAUAUUAUCCUCGCUGCCAUGGAGUUGGCCUUCAACGAUGGCAUGGAUAUCAUCAAUUUGUCUCUAGGAGGCGGAUCUGCAUACAAGAACAAUCCUAUUGCUAUCCUCGGUGACAGAUUGGCUGCACGUGGCAUGGCUUUAGCUGCUGCUGCUGGUAACGAUGGCACUGAAGGCGUCUGGAUGGUUGCUGAUGCUGGUUUGGGGGAUCUUUCUAGUUGUGUCGCUUCGUUCGACAAUACUCAUGGACUUUACGAUUCGGUCUCUUACGGUGGUGUUGCUCACCCCUAUUUCCCAUCAGAAAGCUAUGGUCAGCGUAUCAAGCUCCCUGCCAGCGCUUCUCUCGUCCCCAUUUUUGAGGAGGAUGGCUCGCUCUCAGACGGAUGUGAUCCCGCCGUUUAUGAGACUAUCAAUGUCAAGGACAAGGUCGUCCUUGCCUUUGGUGAUUUCUCUCGCUGUAAUUCUGGUGCUCGUGCCUCCAAUGCUCAGACUGCCGGGGCCGUUGGUAUCCUUAUUCAAACUACUCCUUUUGGACUCGUAGCCGUAGGUGGCAUCCCCAACUUUCCUAUGGGCUCUGUUGAGAACAAGGCUGGUAAUAACAUGGUUACUGUCUGGAAGAAAGACCCCAAGACCUCACUGGUUUGGAGUAAGAAGCCUUCCAACUUCUUGAUCGAAGGUGGUGGCGCUCCCUCUGACUUUUCUUCUUUCGGAUUGGAUGGCGAGCUCCGUUCCAAGCCCGAUCUUGCUGCACCUGGUGGUAAUAUUUUGUCCGCUCUACCUCUUGGCCAAGAUGCCUAUGGUGUUUUCUCUGGUACAUCCAUGGCUACUCCUUACAUUGCAGGCGCUCAUGCGUUGUACAUGCAGGCCAAGGGGUCCAGGCCCCGUGGCGAUAGAAUCCGUCAGGUUUUGAAGAACACCGCAACCAUUGCCACCAACUAUGGCUCCAAGAUCAAGGCUUCUGCUGCCAAGCAAGGCGCUGGUCUCGUUAACGUCUUGAAUGCCAUUACCACCACGACCUCUAUCUCACCCGACCAUAUUGACCUUCUCGAUUCGACUCACUUUAAGAGAACUGUCGAAAUUCGGGUCAAGAACGAGGGCAAGCACACUGAGACCUAUUCUCUCUCUCAUAUCCCCGCUGAAGCUUUGAAUUCGUACCCUGACAAGAACACCUUCCCCUUUAGUAACCCCAUCAUUGAAGCCGACUAUGCUACAGUCAAAUUUUCUGCAGACAAGGUCAAGAUUCCUGCUGGCAAGACCGCUAAGAUCACCCUGACGUUCAAGGAACCAAAGAAGGGUGAUGCUUUUAGCUUCCCUCUUUACUCUGGUUUUGUUGUUGCCACUCCUAAGUCUAAGGGAGGCGUUGCCGUCCACGUUCCAUACACUGGUAUCAAGGGAGAUAUUGCCAAGGUUCCAACACUUGACACUGAUAAUGGAUUCCCUAUGUUAUUGUCGGUUAAGUCUAAUGGCCAAUUGACGCCAAUUACUCCAGAGUAUCAAUUUAAUUUGGCUAUGGAUGAGUGGCCAGCUGUGAUUACUCGUCUAGGUUCCCACACUCCUGACCUUAGCAUUCGUAUUUUCGAU